GCAAAACUUUAGUGCCUCGAGAAAUUAUCGAAAUUUCGAUAUCUCGACGCCCAGAACCAGCAUUUAUUUCUCAAUACCUGAGAAAUAGAGAUGUCGAGAGCACCGGCCGUUAAGAGGCGCAAGCUGUCGCCGCAGCCUGGCGAGAGUGAAAGUAGGGCCGAGAGAGCGGAAUUGAAGAAGAAGUCGACGAAGGCUUUCUACGACCAAGCCUCGAGCUGGGAUUUAGAGCAGGAUUAUGAGACGAGGCCGAGGAAGGGGGGGAAGAAGGAUAAGGAGAACACGAGGUUGCCAAUUAAAACCGCAGAUGGCAUGGUCCAGGAGCUUGAGGUGGCAGAGGAAGAUGACGAGAGCGAUCUUGCUUGGUUGAGCGAGGGCGAGUCGGAGCCAGAGGAGAAGCCGGAGAAGGAGAAGAAGCCGGAGAAGCCAAUGCGACAGCAGAUCAUGGAGGCAAAGGAAGAGCUUGCAAAGAUUGCGCUGCUGCUGAACGAGGACCCGGAAGAGAAUGCCGCGGCGUUCAAGACCUUAGCUGCGAUCGGGCAGUCCAAGACUACGACUAUAAAAAAGCUGGCGCUCGCGACGCAGCUGGCUAUUUAUAAAGAUAUCAUUCCCGGGUACAGGAUACGACCGCUCAACGAGGAUGAUAUGGAGACGAAGGUGUCGAAGGAGGUACGGAAACUACGAGCCUACGAACAGGCGCUCGUGGGAGGGUAUCAGGCAUACAUUAAAGAGCUGGCGAAGCUCGCACAGUCUGGGAAGGGAGGAUGGUCUAGAGAUGGUGGGCCGAGCUUGGGCAGUGUCGCUAUUGCCUGCGCCUGCACGUUACUUACAUCGGUGCCGCAUUUCAAUUUCAGAGGCGAGCUGUUGAAGAUCUUGGUUGGGAAGUUGAGCACGCGAAAGAUCGAUGCGGACUUUGUCAAGUGCCGUGAGACGAUUGAGACUCUCUUCCGCGAUGAUGAAGAUGGAACUCCUUCUCUGGAUGCCACGGCCCUCCUCACAAAGAUGAUGAAGGCUCGUGGAUACCGUGUCGACGAAUCCGUCCUCAACACCUUCCUCCACCUCCGCCUCCUCACCGAGUUCUCUUGGAAAGCAAGCACGAACCACAUCGACCGACCAUCCAAGGCCGAGGGCGGUUUCGAAGCCGCCAACCAGCUCAAAGCCAAGCGUGUCUUCCGCACCAAGAAACAGCGAAAGAUUAUGAAGGAGCAGAAAGUCAUCGAGAAGGAAAUGGUCCAGGCAGACGCAACCGUCUCGCACGAGGAGCGCGACAGGAUGCAAGCCGAGACCCUAAAGCUCGUCUUCGUGACCUACUUCCGCAUCCUGAAGAUCCGCUCCCCGAACCUCAUGGGCGCCGUGCUCGAGGGCCUAGCCAGCUACGCCCACCUCAUCAACCAGGACUUCUUCGGCGACCUCCUGGAGGCGCUCAAGGACCUAGUUGGACACGCCGAGACGGGCGAUGACCUUGACAUGACUAACGAGGAUGAUACCGUACCUGACGACUACGACGAGGAGACAACCCGCAACCUCACCCGCGAAGCCCUGCUCUGCAUCAUCACCGCCUUCGCGCUUCUCGAGGGCCAAGACGCCGCUAAGGCAAAGACAACCCUCUCCCUCGACCUCUCCUUCUUCAUCACCCACCUCUACCGCACCCUCCACGCCCUCGCGCUGAACCCCGACAUCGAGCUCAGCUCCAAGUCGCUGCGCCUACCCGACCCCAACGCCCCGCACCAGAGCACCAAAGACAACAAAGUCAACGUGCACACGACCACCGUGCUGCUGCUGAAAUCGCUGUCGUCGGUGCUGGUGCCUAAGCAGGGCGCGCGCGCGGUGCCGCCCCUCCGCGUGGCGGCGUACACGAAGACGCUGUUCACGAGCACGCUGCACCUGCCGGAGAAGUCGGCGGUGGCGAUGAUGGGGCUGCUGGGGAAGGUGAGCAAGACGCACGCGACGAAGGUAAGGUCGCUGUGGAAUACGGAGGAGAGGAGGAUGGAUGGAGUGUUUGAGGCGCUCGCGGGGGAGGUGGAGGGGAGUAACCCGUUUGCGGCUACGGUGUGGGAGGGGGAGUUGCUGAGGAAGCACUUUUGUCCGGGGGUUAGGGAGGGGUUGAAGGCUGUGGAGAAGGAGGUUGUGGGGAGUAAGUGAUGGGUUGGGGUCGUGGCGAGGAGUGAAGGGAUGGGUUAGUUUUACAUAUGAUAUGUAGUUGGGUAAACCAGCGCCAGUUGCCCUACAUUCCAGCUUCAAAUGUGUGAGGCGCCAAGUUUAUUUGCGAGAUCCUGUCAAGAGUAAGAGCGGAAGCAGUGACGCGUGGUUAUGGCUUUGGGGGCUCGGGAGUGCGCGCAUGAUCUUCGCCGGUUCUAGGUCUUUCUCGGCGGCAUUCCUGGGAGCGGCCCCUUUUCGGGGAUUACGCACUCGUGAGUGCAUAUUAAGAGAGAAUAACAAAUCGGAAAUGCUGAACCUGCAGGUUCGGGAAAGGGCAAUGAAAGUUUCGAGUGAAUCAAAUAGAUGGAAAACAAAUAUGGUGACUAGGGAGUCGUGACGUACAGUAUUUUCAUCUCCCCCGCAAGCCUUAUCUUCAGGAGUUGGGCAGUAGAUUAAUAUACUCUGAAAAGACUAUUUCACAUACUAUUUUGCCCCCUCUAUUGAAUAUUUUAAAAGGGUCCACCGUGGUGAAUAUCUCGAACAAAGAGUUUGCUGAGAGGUUGGCAGUUUUCACCCUGCUGCAGGUGCUGGUACAGUCUUCCUCGCUAAAGCCUUCUCAGCGUUGGAGCUCGUAAUGUCGCACCCCUUCUUCCACGCCGCCAACCCCAACGCGUUAUAUGUCCCCGGCUACGCAUCUGUACGAUUACUGGACUGGCAGUGAAUAGUUCUAAGUAUUAACCCAUCCAUCAAGUUAUGCUGCCCUCGACUAACACCCGUGCAGACGUUGCGAAAACACGGCGGCGAG